UUAGGAUUUGGAUAGCCUGGUCACUGCGAAAUUAGCUAACUUAAUAGAAAGAAGAAGGCUUGUUGAGUCGUUGACUUGAAUCAGAACAGGGGAUGCGAAAUUGUGAAUAAUCUCCCUCUUCCUCUCAUCUCACCCUCCCUCUCUCUCUGACACACACGCGGAGAAAGAACAGUUUUCAUUCCUUUAUUAUUAAACAGGAAACUUAUCUAGUAGGAAUUAAAUCAGGCGUUGUUUCAGGAGAGUUUCGAUCGCUCAAGAUUUACAGGUUUCCAUGAGCACCCAAGGAGCCUCAACUUCAUCACCGUCUUCUUCUUCAACACCUCGGAGGACAUACGAUGUCUUUCUCAGUUUUAGAGGCGAGGACACCCGUACAAGCUUUACGGAUCAUCUAUAUAAUGCUCUGACAAGGAAAGGCAUUUUUACCUUUAGGGAUGAUGAAAACCUUGAGAGAGGAAGAUUUAUCUCAGAAGAGCUUGUGAAAGCCAUACAGGAAUCGAAAUUUGCUAUAGUAAUUCUCUCAAAAAACUAUGCAUUUUCGACAUGGCUCUUGGAUGAACUAGAGCAUAUUGUUAGAUGCGUGGAAGAGACAGGAUUGGUAGUUGUGCCAAUUUUUUACCACGUGAAUCCAUCUGAUGUACGGAAGCAGACAGGAACUUUUGCAGAAGCAUUUAAUGCUCACAAAAAAAGAGCCUUAGAUGAACACAAAAUGAAAACGUGGAGAACUGCUUUGGGAGUAGUGGCUGAUCUCUCUGGUUGGGAUUUGAAAGAUAGGCAUGAGUCAGAAUUUAUCCCAAAAAUUGUUGAAGACAUUGAUAAGAAAUUGAAUUCAAAAUUCUUAAUCAUUCACGAAAACCUCGUAGGAGUAGAAUCUAUGGUGGCAGAAUUGUUGAACUGUUCGUAUUUAGAUUUUGAGAAUAAUGUUUGCAUGAUAGGGAUUUGUGGUAUGGGGGGAAUCGGAAAGACAACUCUUGCUAAAGCUGUUUAUGAUAUGCAUUCUAAUAAAUUUGAUGCUUCUAGUUUUAUUGCUAAUGUUAGGGAAAAGUCGGAAAGAGAUUGUUUGCUUCAAUUACAAAAACAACUUCUUAAAGAUAUUUCGGGCGAAAUAAAUACAAAUAUAUCGGAUGAUUGUGAAGGAGUUUACAUAAUCAAAAAAAGGUUACGUGAUAAAAAAGUUCUACUUGUCCUAGAUGAUGUUAAUGAUGAGCACCAAUUAGAAAAAUUGGCCGGAAAGAAAGGCUGGUUUCGACCGGGGAGUUGGAUCAUUAUAACAACUAGAGAUGAACAUGUGUUAGUUGCACAUGAAGUUCUUAAAAUUUAUAGGCCUAAAGGACUAAAUAAUGAUGAUGCUUUAAAAUUUUUUUGUUUGAAAGCCUUCAAAAAUGAGCAACCCAAAGAAGGUUAUACGCAACUAUCUCAGGAAUUUGUAAAAUAUGCCGGUGGCCUUCCGUUAGCUCUUGUUACUUUGGGUUCCUUUUUAGUUGGAAGACCAAGAGAUGACUGGCAAAGUGCAUUGGACUAUUUUAAAGAAAAUCCUCCAAAAAAAAUAUUUGAUAUACUUAAAAUAAGUUUUGAUGGGCUAGAGGAUAUGUGGAAGGAGGUAUUCUUAGAUAUUGCGUGUUUCUUUACGGGGUGGCCCAAAUUUGAGGUAAUACGUAUACUAAAGAACUGUGGUUUUAAGGCAAGAAUUGGUAUAAGUGUUCUUCAGGACAAAUCUCUCCUAACUGUCAUAGGAGGCAAUGAAGAAUUGGGGAUGCAUGAUCUACUACAAGAAAUGGGUAAAAACAUUGUUCGAUCAUGUGGAGAGCUUGGAAGGCAAAGUAGGUUGUGGCUUUUUGAGGACUUGUGUCGUGUAUUGGAGAACAAUAUGGAAACAAAUGCAAUUCAAGCCAUAGUCAUCAAGAAAAGGAAUGCAGGUUUCAACUUUGAAGAAUUUCCUGAAGUUUUUUCAAAGAUGACUAAUCUUAGAUUGCUAAUAAUUGAUGAGUUGCACAUCCCAAAUGCUCUCAAUCGUGUUCCUAAUGGCCUAAGACAUCUUUCAUGGAAAUGUUGUUCAUUAAAAUGUUUGCCAUCUAGUUUCGAACCAAAGGAACUUGUUGAACUUGACUUGCAGUAUAGCAAAUGUGAAUAUCUUUGGGAAGGAGCAAAGUGUUUAGGAAACUUAAAGUCCAUCAAUCUUUCCUCAUCGGAGAACCUAAUUUGGACACCUGACUUUUCAAGGGUUCCGAGACUUGAGGUACUACACCUUGGUUGUUGCACUAAUUUGGGUGGGUUACACCCAUCUAUUGGACAACUCAGCAAGCUUAAAAGUUUACAUCUGUCUUACUGCGAAUCUCUUACUAAUCUUCCCAGCUUUUCAGAGGCUACGAGUCUUGAGGUACUAGGCCUGGAAUGUUGCACUAAUUUGGUUGGGUUACACCCAUCGUUUGGACAACUCAGCAAGCUUAAAAGUUUAGAUCUGUCUCGCUGCACAUCUCUUACUAAUCUUCCCAGCUUUUCAGAGGCUACGAGUCUUGAGGUACUAGGCCUGGAAUGGUGCACUAAUUUGGUUGGGUUACACCCAUCGUUUGGACAACUCAGCAAGCUUAAAAGUUUAGAUCUGUCUCACUGCACAUCUCUUACUAAUCUUCCGAGCUUUUCAAAGGCUACGAGUCUUGAGGUACUAGGCCUGGAAGGGUGCACUAAUUUGGUUGGGUUACACCCAUCUAUUGGACAACUCAGCAAGCUUAAAAGUUUACAUCUGUCUCACUGCACAUCUCUUACUAAUCUUCCCAGCUUUUCAGAGGCUACGAGUCUUGAGGUACUAGGCCUGGAAGGGUGCACUAAUUUGAUUGGGUUACACCCAUCUAUUGGACAACUCAGCAAGCUUAAAAGUUUACAUCUGUCUCGCUGCACAUCUCUUACUAAUCUUCCCAGCUUUUCAGAGGCUACGAGUCUUGAGGUACUAGGCCUGGAAUGGUGCACUAAUUUGGUUGGGUUACACCCAUCUAUUGGACAACUCAGCAAGCUUAAAAGUUUACAUCUGUCUCGCUGCACAUCUCUUACUAAUCUUCCCAGCUUUUCAGAGGCUACGAGUCUUGAGGUACUAGGCCUGGAAGGGUGCACUAAUUUGGUUGGGUUACACCCAUCUAUUGGACAACUCAGCAAGCUUAAAAGUUUACAUCUGUCUCGCUGCACAUCUCUUACUAAUCUUCCCAGCUUUUCAGAGGCUACGAGUCUUGAGGUACUAGGCCUGGAAUGGUGCACUAAUUUGGUUGGGUUACACCCAUUGUUUGGACAACUCAGCAAGCUUAAAAGUUUACAUCUGUCUUGCUGCACAUCUCUUGCUAAUCUUCCUAGUUUUUCAGAGGCUACGAGUCUUGAGGUACUACUCCUGGAAGGGUGCACUAAUUUGGUUGGGUUACACCCAUCUAUUGGACAACUCAGCAAGCUUAAAAGUUUACAUUUGUCUCGCUGCACAUCUCUUACUAAUCUUCCCAGCUUUUCAGAGGCUACGAGUCUUGAGGUACUAGGCCUGGAAGGGUGCACUAAUUUGGUUGGGUUACACCCAUCUAUUGGACAACUCAGCAAGCUUAAAAGUUUACAUCUGUCUCACUGCACAUCUCUUACUAAUCUUCCCAGCUUUUCAGAGGCUACGAGUCUUGAGGUACUAGGCCUGGAAGGGUGCACUAAUUUGAUUGGGUUACACCCAUCUAUUGGACAACUCAGCAAGCUUAAAAGUUUACAUCUGUCUCGCUGCACAUCUCUUACUAAUCUUCCCAGCUUUUCAGAGGCUACGAGUCUUGAGGUACUAGGCCUGGAAUGGUGCACUAAUUUGGUUGGGUUACACCCAUCUAUUGGACAACUCAGCAAGCUUAAAAGUUUACAUCUGUCUCGCUGCACAUCUCUUACUAAUCUUCCCAGCUUUUCAGAGGCUACGAGUCUUGAGGUACUAGGCCUGGAAUGGUGCACUAAUUUGGUUGGGUUACACCCAUUGUUUGGACAACUCAGCAAGCUUAAAAGUUUACAUCUGUCUUGCUGCACAUCUCUUGCUAAUCUUCCUAGUUUUUCAGAGGCUACGAGUCUUGAGGUACUACUCCUGGAAGGGUGCACUAAUUUGGUUGGGUUACACCCAUCUAUUGGACAACUCAGCAAGCUUAAAAGUUUACAUUUGUCUCGCUGCACAUCUCUUACUAAUCUUCCCAGCUUUUCAGAGGCUACGAGUCUUGAGGUACUAGGCCUGGAAGGGUGCACUAAUUUGGUUGGGUUACACCCAUCUAUUGGACAACUCAGCAAGCUUAAAAGUUUACAUCUGUCUCACUGCACAUCUCUUACUAAUCUUCCCAGCUUUUCAGAGGCUACGAGUCUUGAGGUACUAGGCCUGGAAUGGUGCACUAAUUUGGUUGGGUUACACCCAUCUAUUGGACAACUCAGCAAGCUUAAAAGUUUACAUCUGUCUCGCUGCACAUCUCUUACUAAUCUUCCCAGCUUUUCAGAGGCUACGAGUCUUGAGGUACUAGGCCUGGAAGGGUGCACUAAUUUGGUUGGGUUACACCCAUCUAUUGGACAACUCAGCAAGCUUAAAAGUUUACAUCUGUCUCGCUGCACAUCUCUUACUAAUCUUCCCAGCUUUUCAGAGGCUACGAGUCUUGAGGUACUAGGCCUGGAAGGGUGCACUAAUUUGGUUGGGUUACACCCAUCUAUUGGACAACUCAGCAAGCUUAAAAGUUUACAUCUGUCUCGCUGCACAUCUCUUACUAAUCUUCCCAGCUUUUCAGAGGCUACGAGUCUUGAGGUACUAGGCCUGGAAGGGUGCACUAAUUUGGUUGGGUUACACCCAUCUAUUGGACAACUCAGCAAGCUUAAAAGUUUACAUCUGUCUCGCUGCACAUCUCUUACUAAUCUUCCCAGCUUUUCAGAGGCUACGAGUCUUGAGGUACUAGGCUUGGAAGGGUGCACUAAUUUGGUUGGGUUACACCCAUCGUUUGGACAACUCAGCGAGCUUAAAAGUUUACAUCUGUCUUACUGCACAUCUCUUACUAAUCUUCCCAGCUUUUCAGAGGCUACGAGUCUUGAGGUACUAGGCUUGGAAGGGUGCACUAAUUUGGUUGGGUUACACCCAUCUAUUGGACAACUCAGCAAGCUUAAAAGUUUACAUCUGUCUCGCUGCACAUCUCUUACUAAUCUUCCCAGCUUUUCAGAGGCUACGAGUCUUGAGGUACUAGGCCUGGAAGGGUGCACUAAUUUGGUUGGGUUACACCCAUCUAUUGGACAACUCAGCAAGCUUAAAAGUUUACAUCUGUCUCGCUGCACAUCUCUUACUAAUCUUCCCAGCUUUUCAGAGGCUACGAGUCUUGAGGUACUAGGCCUGGAAGGGUGCACUAAUUUGGUUGGGUUACACCCAUUGUUUGGACAACUCAGCAAGCUUAAAAGUUUAAAUCUGUCUGAUUGCACAUCUCUUACUAAUCUUCCCAACUUUUCAGAGGCUACGAGUCUUGAGGUACUAGGCCUGAGAUGAUGCACUAAUUUGUUUGGGUUACACCCAUCUAUUGGACAACUCAGCGAGCUUUAAAGUUUAAAUCUGUUUUCCUACACAUCUCUUACUAAUCUUCCCAGCUUUUCAGAGGCUACGAGUCUUGAGUUACUAGGACUGGUAUGGUGCACUAAUUUGGUUGGGUUACAGCCAUCGUUUGGACAACUCAGCAACCUUAAAAGUUUAGAUCUGUCUCACUGCGAAUCUCUUACUAAGCUUCCCAGCUUUUCGGAGGCUACGAGUCUUGAGGUACUAGGCCUGGUAUGGUGUACUAAUUUGGUUGGGUUACACCCAUCGUUUGGACAACUCAGCGAGCUUAAAAGUUUAAAUCUGUCUCACUGCGAAUCUCUUAAUUUGCGCGGCUGCGAGAAGCUUCGAUCAGUGCCAGAGCUUCCAUCAACCGUGAGAUAUAUAAAUAUGGAAGGCUGUUGUUCGCUAGAACCAUCACCAGGACUGCUUAGACAAAGCAGUUUGUCACGACCUAAUUCUUCCCCAUUUUUUCGUGGGUAUGAUGAGAGCAGUGGUGGAGUGGCAUUUUCAAUAUUGAAGCGUUACCUCCAGGGACUCUUUUGUGAAAAAACUGGAUAUGAAACUGCUACCAAAAGAAAAGAGGAUGGAUCUAAUACUGAAUUUCAGAUCUUUAUUCCCGGUUGUUUAGUUCCGCAGUGGUUAACUCAUCAAAGUUGGGGGGACUCAAUAAGCGUAGCGUUGUCUCCAAAUUGGUGUAAUAGUAGGUGGAUGGGAUUCAUUCUAUGUGCUCUUUUCAAUAAAGAGGCAUAUUUCACUUGUGGUUUUAGAGCAUUUGUGAAAGCCAUUGGUGAUAAGCCUCAGUCACUAUUUCUUUAAAGAAUUCUAUAUUGGGGUAUGUAGCGGGGACCACGUUUGGUUAUUGUAUUUGUCUCGUGAUAAUUGGCUUAGUACUGUUGGGAAUGGUGAAUGCAGUCAGAUUGAGGUUGUAUUUGGACAUUAUUCGAAUUCAAACUAUUUCAUUCUUCCAACAAAUCCUGUGAAGCGAUGUGGGGUCAGUUUGGUAUACGAGCAAGACAUGGAACUGAUGGAAGAGUUAAACCAAGCAAAUGCACAAUGCUGCAGUAGUAGCCGUGUCAUUACUUAUGAAGGUUGGGAUGGUGUCCAUCAUGGAUAUGUCAAUUCAAAGAGAAGCCGUGAUGAGUGUGAUGACGAGUUUGAUGAUGACUAAGCAUUUAUUUAAUGUGAAAAAAAUGAAAUAUUUCCCUCUUCAUCCAAUGUUAGGAAGAGACUGGAGUAAGGGGAAUUGGAGAAAGAAACUAUUUUGGCUCUUUUGUCGUUGGAUCUCAAGAGAGAGAGACUAAAAACAAGAAGAUUCAAUGACAUAUUUUAAAAGUUUACAUGGUUAAAUGUAAAUCAAGAUUUGAGGCAGUUGUCAUAUGAUAAGUAUCUUACUAAUUGUCUUAAAUGAUGGUCUGUGUACACCAUCCUUAUCCUUGUUUACAAAUUUUUUUACUCAUACAAGCAAAUUUUCUUUAUAUCUUUGUUUAAUUAUAACAAUGAAGUUAUUUGUUUGCUGUCUUCUGGAGUUGAAUUUUGUUAUUCUUAUAUAAAAAGACUAGUUCAUGUAGAAAUCGAGUAAUAAAUCAAAUACAUUAUUCCAAGUUUCAGGUGUUGGGAGACUUUUCCUGUUGUGAUAGUUUGGUUGAGAUCCACCCAUCUAUUGAUUUUAGUAAAUUUCAGGGCACUGAGACUUGAAGAAAUGUAGUUGAUAGAUGGUUAUGUACUUGGAGGCUGUUGAGGUCUAAUUCGGCUAAGCCCAUACAUAGCAUCAGAUUCAAGUAUCGGAACAACCCAGAGAGGCACAGACCUAAGAGAGAGGCCUAAAGUGGUUUUUCUUGCAUUCCCCUACUCACAUAUCCGCAGUUCCAGCAGCAGGUGGGUGUCCCACUUGCACACAAAUUCAAGCAAGACCCCAGAUCCAGUCCUUAUCAGCACAAGCGUCUUCCUCAAGCAAAGCAAUCAAGGAAAGUUCAGAACUCACUUUGGCCAUGGUUCAGCGGCUUUAACAAAGAUUCAUGAAAGGACAGGUCCUACGGUUCUGUAGCGGGGUCACCAUCAACUCCGGGAGAAGGGUCAAACGGUCCAGCACCUCGGAGACCGAGCAAGAUACAAAAAACGAGAUCCCAUAUUGAAAGCUUGUUUGAGGUGAGGAAUUCCAGUAGCAGGAGGAAGAAGAAAAAGCGUGGCAAAGACUUUCCUCUUCUCAGAGGAUUAUAGGCAGUGCCCAAAUAAGCUAGAGAAACCAAGAGGUGAAAGUGGGGGCUUACGAAAACUAAAGUCUAAAUUCUCACCCUAUAUAAGGGUAAAGAAACUCACUUGUAGCGACAGAUGAAAGAAAAGAGAAAUCACAAUCAUUGAGAGAAUACAAAAAAGCUUUGAAUUUUGUUUCUCUUUUGCUCUUUUUUCUUCCUUAAUUCUCUGCUCUGUGCAUCUUGAAUCAAAUAGUACUAAUACCUCUUCAUCACCGUGUCCAACAAUGCCUCCAAAGUCAAAGAGCAUCAAGAGAGAGAGCAAUGAUGCCCCUUCCCACGCACCAAUACCAGAUGUUGCCACCCUCUAUGAGAUGUUGCAGACCAUGCAGCGAGAACAGCUAGAGCUUGUUGAGUCAGUCAAGCAACUGAAAGACUCUAUAAGCAAGCAGAAGGAAAAUGUUGUCUGAUAAGGAGAUUGGCUCUACCGCCAAGAACCAGCAAUCUAUCGUUCAAAGGCCUCCCUAUCCGAUCGAGUUAUUG